GUAUCAAUGGGAUCACAUCAGAGGGAGAAAGAAGCCAUGUGAAAUAACUCAUUAUGACCAGAAUGGAAGAAGAAAACACAAGAAGUUGUUCAAGGGAAAAAUAUUAGCUGACAGGAAGGAGAAGUGAUACUCUGAAAAUCUAUCAAGUUUUGACUAUGUUUAAGUCACCCUGUGAAACAGAUGUUGCUGUCAUCCUCAUGCUAUUGACAAGCGAAGCUCAGAGAGCAUUCCCUUUGGUAUCCUUGAGCCACCAUGCAAGAGAUCUGGCUAGCCUUUUGGGGUAGCCACUUGGACAGGUGUUGGUCUAACACUAUAGACAACAUCCCAGUUAAGCUUCCAGGUGAUACCAACCUCAGCUCCCAUCUUCAAUAACACAAAAGACUCCAAAAAGGCUAGCAGCAGAAGAAGCAUUUAGGUUGAAGGAUUAUGGCUGGUUUAUGUUCAAGUUCAAUAAUUCUCCCACCGUCUUCAUUCUAUCAAGUCAUCCAGUGAAUUCUUACUCAGGGCACGUUUCCAGUCAGCUCAAGCUCAUCUCAGCAGUGUGGGGAAUUGGAAGAGACAGACAGAGAGCCAGGGAUCUGGGUUGUGCUUGCCUCUGCCAGGGAGUCCUGUGUCUUCCAGCAGCCUGUCUUUUCUAAUUAGAAUCCAUCCAAAUGCACCAUGGACACAAGCACUGUCUCCAUGUAUCUCAGACAUCUUCACAUUAUUAUAUAAAAGAGGAAACAGACUACAUAUUUGCUCCAGAUGAAAUUCAGAGGGCAACCCAUUUCUGCUUCAUUUAAGAAAGAAGUUGUUAUGAGUUCAAGUUAUCCAACAGGAUGAAGGUCUUUUCACGUACAUUUUGUGUUUUCUUUUAUGGAAUUUUGAAGCAGAGAAUAGAAGGUCAUCUAUCUUGGGGUAUUCUGUAGGAGUUUGAGCCUUGGUGGAGCAGGGUUCCUGAGAUACUGCCCUUCCUACUACAUCAGAGCACUGCUUACCGGGAAUCUGGUCACAGCGUGAGUGGUUCCAGUGGAAGAGGACACAGGGCCAGUUCCUGGAAAAUUGAAUGCACAAAAUUAUCCAGAAGUUACAGCUUUGUGUUUGUAUAUCGGCCCCACAGAAAAGACUGGGCUUCAUCAUCUGCAACUGAGCAAAACUGAAAGUUUUACAGAUAUGUCUGUGACUACGUGAGGAAUAAGUUUUUCUUUCUGUACCAAACUGUGAAGGACUGGCAUCUAUUGGAAGAAAUGAUUUAUUGGUGUGUGGAAAAUCAGUGGCGGGAAGAAUCUCUUACAUUAGGCCCCCGAGGAGGCCUCCAGCCCCUCAAAGGUGCAGGAACUCAAUGCAUGGGUGUCUGGUUGAAUGAAUGACAGGACAUGAGGCUCCACGCUGAGGGAGGAAAAUAUCCCUGAACAGCAUUAGAUCCACACUGUUCAUUCAGAUUCUCAUCUGGGCAGCACCUCCCACCCCACCCCAGGAUGAUGAGAAAAUCAUACAGCAUUUUGUCACCAUUGCAGGGGUGCUACUGGCAUCUAGUGGGUAGAGGACAGAGACUGCUGCUGAACACACUACGUUUAUAAAGCUCAGGACAAUUCCCAUCACAAAGAAUUAUCCAACUCCAAAUGCCAGUAGUGCUGAGGAUGAGACACCCCAUAGCCCAGGCCAGAGUGCAGUAUGGGCCAGAAUUGUUCUCUGGCCUCCAGCACUAGCCUGAGUGCAGAACCUACAUCAUUGGCCACAACAGAGGAAGAACAAAAGGACACUGAUGGGCUCUUGCAAAUGUAUCUCCCUGGAGAGAUGCAAACCAAGAACUUGUUUACUCUCAGCUGAGUGUGGAUCAAGCUGGAAGCGCUCUGAUUUCCUGUGGUGGUUACUUGAUACUGCGACUUACAGCCCUGUCCACCCCAGUCUCCUUUCUUGUUCUGUCUGUUGCUUGGUGACAUGAUGGGGAACACUGUGUUUCCUGCAUGCCUUUGAUGUCCAGUUCCUCUCAGUGUCCCUGACUUUGCUGACAUCACCUGAAGCAUUGGGUCACCUGUGCAGAGGUAGCUGCAGUCGCUGGCCACACAAGCACCUUUGGACCUCACGCCAAACACACCAAAUUCGCGUCUCAGUGGAACCUGGCCCAAGAAUCUGCAUUUAAGCCAGAGUCCCAGCUGAUUUUGAUGCAUGUUAAAGUCUGACAGGAUGUAUGAAGUAACAGAAACACAGUGCUUUCUCUUCUUUUAAAGGCUGUUUGUAAAAUGGUUGGGAAAACAUACUGGGUUCUCAGGAUGUGCUUUGAACGUAUUGAGUUCAAAUUUUAGAGAUUAUGAAGUGAAGGCAUCAGAAGCUGAAACAGUUCACUCUUAGGGAAUCACUGGACGCUGGUGAGGCCUUGCCUCCCCUCUCCCGGUAGAUGUGGUGCCACAUUCUGCCUCUCCAGCCAGAAUGAAUUUACCAGUUCACUGUCACAUUCAAUGAAACAGACUGAGUUUGCUGGGUUGUCAUCCAUCCCAAGCUUAGCAUGGACCUCACCGUAACCAUCUCAGUACCCACAGCACUGAGCAGGGCACCGUGGUGUCUACCUUCUCUGCCACCACCCACUCCAAGGCCCUGUCACUGGUCACCUUGAUGCUAGCAACAAUGGCCUAACUUAGUCCUCCCCGGCCCUGCUCAGCAUCUCUAUGCCUUAUGCAUUCUUAACAAGAUUCAUACUGGCUUUGGGGGAGAUGUUGCCUUCUACGGACACACAUGAAUACGCACCCUGAAAUCUAACAGUUUCCUCCAUGCUUUAUCCCCAGCCCAUCCUACAGGGUUCUGCUCACCCAGCUACCUAGCCCUCUGGCCUGCAGCUCUUCUGUCAUGACACGCCUGUCUCCUUCAAGCUCUUCACUUUACCCUGUGCCCCUGCUCCAAACAUGCAGGAUCGUACUUCCCUCUUCUUUUGCUUUGGUCCUGUUUUCAAUAUUAACUCCUAAGAGAUGCCUCGAGGGCUCAUGCUCUCUCUCUCUCUCCCACCCCCUCCCCACUUAGAUUAGAUUCUGCUGUUAUCUUUCUAACCUAGGAGCCUAGUUUAGCUUCUUUUAUAGUAUUUGUGAUCCUUUUGGUUUCCUUACUGUUGCCCAGUUAUCCAUUGAGGUUCCUCUCCACCGGCCCCUGAGACUGUAUUACAUUUCUCGCUGCACACAGUAGGGAUCAAAGGGUCAAAUAAAUGCACUGAAUAAAUGAACAGCCGAACAGCCAGCUGGAGGUGCAUUGCGGUGACGGUGGGCUGUUUGCUUUGGGUGGUUUCUGUAGGUUUGGGUGUCUGGGGCCAACAUUCAGCCUUCAGGAGUUGGGAUCGUGGUCACUUGGAGAGGAGGGAAAGACUCAGGAGAAGGUCACGGUGACCAGGAAUCUUGGCAAGCUGCAGACCACGACUGGUUCGGUGUUUUAAUCUUCCAGCUGCACACAUGUGCGAAUUACAAGCACCUCUCCCGGCGCUCCAGCUGUGCUGCCUCUGCUGCGCCUCGCUCGCCGCGGCCUUAGCCAGCGACAGCAGUAGCGGCGGCAGCGGAUUAAAUGAUGAUUACGUCUUUGUCACGCCAGUAGAAGUGGACUCGGGUGGGUCAUAUAUUUCCCACGACAUUUUGCACACCAGCAGGAAAAAGCGCUCGGCGCAGAGUGGCAGGAGCUCCUUGCACUACCGAUUUUCAGCAUUUGGACAGGAACUACACUUAGAACUGAAGCCCUCGGCGCUUUUGAGCAGUCACUUUAUUGUCCAGGUACUUGGAAAAGACCGUGCUUCAGAGAUGCGGGAACCUUCUGUGCGACGAUGUUUCUAUCAGGGAUUUAUCAGAAAUGACAGCUCCUCUUCUGUGGCUGUGUCUACGUGUGCCGGCUUGUCAGGUCUCAUAAGGACACACAAAAAUGAAUUCCUCAUCUCACCGUUACCUCAGCUGCUGGCCCAGGAACACAACUACAGCGCCCCUGCGGGCCACCAUCCCCAUGUACUGUACAAGAGGACAGCAGAGGAGAAGGUCCAGUGGUACGGUGGCUACCCUGGCCCCAGCCGGACUUACCCCGGUCACUCCCCAAGUCACACUCCCCCUGCAUCCCAGAGUGCAGAGACAGAAUUCCACCAUCGAAGGUGGCAAAAGCAGCAUUUUUGUGGACGACGCAAGAAAUAUGCUCCGCAGCCUCCCACUGCGGACGCCUCCCGACGGCUUGAUGCGUCCGGGAGCUCAGGGCGGCCUCGGAGGUCGGCUGGGAAGCCCCCAAAGGGCCUCAGCGUGGAAACCCUCGUGGUGGCGGACCAGAAGAUGGUGGGCAAGCACGGCAAGGGGAAUGUCACCACCUACAUCCUCACAGUCAUGAACAUGGUUUCCAGCCUAUUUAAAGAUGGAACUAUUGGAAGUGACAUAAAUAUUGUAGUGGUGGGCCUCAUUCUUCUGGAACAAGAACCUGGAGGACUAUUGAUCAACCACCAUGCAGAUCAGUCUCUGAACAGUUUUUGUCAGUGGCAGUCUGCCCUCAUUGGAAAGAAUGGCAAGAGGCAUGACCACGCCAUCUUACUCACAGGAUUUGACAUUUGUUCCUGGAAGAAUGAACCAUGUGACACUCUAGGGUUCGCCCCUAUCAGUGGAAUGUGCAGUAAGUACCGAAGUUGCACCAUCAAUGAAGACACGGGGCUGGGGCUCGCUUUCACCAUUGCCCAUGAGUCUGGGCACAACUUUGGCAUGAUUCACGACGGGGAAGGCAAUCCGUGCAGGAAGGCUGAGGGCAACAUCAUGUCUCCCACACUGACAGGAAACAAUGGGGUGUUUUCAUGGUCUUCCUGCAGCCGACAGUAUCUCAAGAAGUUCCUUAGCACACCUCAGGCUGGGUGUCUAGUGGACGAGCCCAAGCAAACAGGACAGUAUAAAUACCCCGACAAACUGCCGGGGCAGAUUUACGAUGCAGACACACAGUGCAAGUGGCAAUUUGGAGCGAAAGCCAAGUUAUGCAGCCUUGGUUUCACAAAGGACAUUUGCAAAUCACUUUGGUGCCACCGAGUGGGCCACAGGUGUGAGACCAAGUUUAUGCCGGCAGCCGAAGGAACCAUUUGUGGCCUGAGUAUGUGGUGCCGCCAAGGCCAGUGUGUGAAGCUGGGGGAGCUCGGGCCCCGCCCCGUCCAUGGUCAGUGGUCCACCUGGUCGAAGUGGUCAGAAUGUUCCCGGACUUGCGGCAGAGGAGUCAAGUAUCAGGAGAGACACUGCAACAACCCCAAGCCUCAGUAUGGUGGCAAGUUCUGUCCAGGAUCUAGCCGUAUUUAUAAGCUGUGCAACAUUGACCCUUGUAGUGCAAAUAGCUUGGAUUUUCGAGCCCAGCAGUGUGCAGAAUAUAACAGCAAACCUUUCCGUGGAUGGUUCUACCAGUGGAAACCCUAUACAAAAGUGGAAGAGGAGGAUCGAUGUAAACUGUACUGUAAGGCCGAGAACUUUGAAUUUUUUUUUGCAAUGUCCGGCAAGGUCAAAGAUGGGACUCCUUGUUCCCCGCACAAAAAUGACAUCUGUAUCGAUGGGAUUUGUGAACCAGUAGGAUGUGAUCACGAACUUGGGUCCAAAGCAGUUUUGGAUGCCUGCGGCGUCUGCAAAGGUGAUAAUUCAACUUGCAAGUUUUAUAAAGGGCUGUACCUCAACCAGCAUAAAGCAAAUGAAUAUUAUCCAGUGGUCAUCAUUCCAGCUGGUGCCCGAAGCAUUGAGAUCCAAGAGCUCCAGAUAUCCUCCAGUUACCUUGCCGUGCGAAGCCUUAGCCAGAGGUAUUACCUCACAGGCGGCUGGAGCAUUGACUGGCCGGGGGAGUUCCCUUUUGCUGGGACCAUGUUUGAAUAUCAGCGCUCCUUCAACCACCCGGAACGCCUGUAUGCACCAGGACCCACGAACGAGACACUGGUCUUCGAAAUUCUGAUGCAAGGCAAAAAUCCUGGGAUAGCUUGGAAGUAUGCACUUCCCAGGGCCACAAACGGAACUCAUUCGGCCACGAAAAGACAGCAGCACACCUGGAGCACAGUGCAGUCAGCCUGCUCCGUCUCCUGCGGAGGAGGUUACAUAAGUGUAAAGGCCAUUUGCUUACGAGAUCAAAAUACUCAAGUCAAUUCUUCAUUCUGCAAUGUAAGAACCAAGCCAGCAACUGAAGCCAAAAAAUGCAAUGCUUUCUCCUGCCCGGCCUAUUGGAUGCCCGGUGAAUGGAGCACCUGCAGCAAGUCGUGCGCUGGGGGCCAGCAGAGCCGGAAGAUCCAGUGUGUGCAGAAGCAGCCCUUCCGGGAGGAGGUAACAGCAGUGCUGCAUUCUCUCUGUCCCGUGAGCACACCCACUCAGGUUCAGGUCUGCAACAGCCACGCCUGCCCUCCGGCAUGGAGCCCGGGGCCCUGGUCUCAGUGUUCCAAGACCUGUGGCCGUGGAGUGAGGCGGCGUGAGGUCCUGUGUAAGAGUGCUGCCGCGGAGAUCCUCCCUGAGAGCCUGUGCAGCAGCAGCCCCAGGCCUGAGGUACAGGAGGGCUGUGUGCUGGGACGGUGCCCCAAGAACAACCAGCUACAGUGGGUCACCUCUUCCUGGAGUGAGUGUUCCACAACCUGUGGCUUGGGUGUGAGGCGGAGAGAGAUGAAGUGCAGUGAGAAGACCUUCCAGGGAAAGCUGGUCACUUUCCCUGAGCGAAGAUGCCGCAAUAUUAAGAAACCAAACCUGGACUUGGAAGAAACGUGCAGCCACAGGGCUUGUCCAGUGUACAACUGGGCACCGGGAUGGUAUUCAUCACCAUGGCAACAGUGCACAGUAACCUGCGGGGGAGGCGUUCAGACCCGCUCAGUCCACUGUGUGCAGCAAGGCCGGCCCUCCUCCAGCUGCCUGCUCCACCAGAAGCCGCCAGUGCUCCGAGCCUGUAAUACCAACUUUUGUCCAGCUCUGGAAAAGAGAGAGGACCCAUCCUGUGUAGAUUUCUUCAGCUGGUGCCACCUCGUUCCUCAGCAUGGUGUCUGCAAUCACAAGUUUUAUGGGAAACAGUGCUGCAAGUCCUGCACGAGGAAGAGCUGAUCUUGGGGACAGCCCUGUUGCUGUUUCAGCCUCCAGAGAGACCAGACCCCUUCCAUCCUAGGCUGAGUCCUGGGACCUUCUGUGAGCUGCUGCAGGGUCUCCCUUAUCAAUCCCCUGAGCAUGAGGUACUCUGAAGCACUUGAACAUGAGAAGCGAUGACAAAUCUGACUUACACUUUGAUUUGCACUGUUACACAAAAGAAGUGAUGCGUCAUGCAGAUCUGUCAAUUUGCAAUUUGACAAACUGAGAGUCUCAUCAAGUCUGAGACAGUCCUCUUUCCCUCUCCUUGAACUUCAAAGGAUUCAAUGACACAGACAUGUUUUUUUUUUUA